GCAUGGAAUACCACGUAUAACUUAUUUACUACUAAAAAUAAGAAUGGAAUUUAUUCCUCAAGAUAAACUUCUAAAAGUUAAGGCAGACACUCUGAAAGUCAUCCGUGACGAGAUCAACCUGGGUAAACCAGGAGAGAUGAAGUCGGCUGUCAAGAUCCUUAAGGAGUGGGUACAGCAACAACCUUAUUUUAAAAAGAAGGACUUUGAUGAGCAUUUUCUAGAAACAGCCAUUAUCUCGGGAAAAGGAUCCAUUGAACGAGCAAAGAAACAGAUAGAUAGAGUGUGUACAUUGAAGUCAUUAUGGCCACAAUUUUUUGGAGUUCGUGAUAUCAGAAAAGAGUUUGCAGAUAUAUUUUCAAUCGGACAUUUCGGCGUACUGCCGGAAGUAAAUGAAAAUAACCACAGAGUAUUUGUCGCUCAAGUGAAUGGAAACAUUUUACAUUCAUCACAAUUAUUCAAUUAUUAUAGAUAUGCAAUAUGUAUUGGGGAGUACAUGAAAACGCACGAUUACUAUGUCAGCUAUCAUUACAUCGUGGAUCUAAGACAGACCGAUAUGACGGCAUUCUUGGCUGCCUGUAACCCCAUUGAGAUGAAACAAGCACUAACAAUAUUAAUAGAAUGUUACGGAAUCCGAUUUAAAGGGCUGCAUUUCAUUACCAACUCAAAACACCUUAUAGAUAUGUUAAUCACAAUAUUAAAACAAAUAUUGAAGCCGAAGAUAAUUCAGCGCCUACACCACCACGCUACUUGCGACGGCUUGGCAAAUUUAAUCGGGAAGGACUAUUUGCCCGUGGAACUGGGCGGGACGGCGGCCUCGAUGCAGGAUGUACAUGAUAAAUGGGUGGAGGUUCUGUCUUCGAAGGAGAACAUGGAGUAUUUGCGUGCAAUGGACGAUGUUGGUACUAACGAAGCACUCAGACCCGGUGUUCAGUUUAACGAUGAAUAUGCAGGUGUCACUGGCACUUUCAGAUUUUUAAGCGUUGAUUGAUUUUGUCAAUUAUUCUGACAAUUGUACAUUUGUGCAGUGUUAAUCUUAGCAGUACUAAACUUCUGUUUUGCAUACAGGACGUAAAUAAUUACUAAGAGUGAUUAUUAUGGCACUUGACCUCGGGCUCAAAGAGAUAAAAAUGUAAUUAAUUGUAAGGUAUAAGACAUAAAUAUAGUAAUGUUUUAUAAAGCCGUGUAAAGAAUUAAGGUCAAGGAUCAAGAGCAAUUAUUUCUAUUUUGUAAUCAUAUUAGAUAUUCUUGAUUUAUUAUAUGGUUUGUAUUGCUGGUUGGUUUUGGGUAAGCUGUUUCGAGAAGAGACUGUGACGUUUAAGGUAUUCGAGUUUCAUUCCCGAUCACAGCCUAAAUAUAAAUAAAGUUUGCUAUUCACAUGGGUGCCGGGUAUAAGCUGACAUAGUUAUUGAGUACACCACCUAGAGCACUUUAGCCGAGCCUUAGUAGAGAUUCAAAAUGCCGUUGUAUAAUUGUAUAAUUAUGGCUUCCUUUUCAAAUUCUUUAAAUUUAGAACUACAGCCGCCAGUUAGGCCAGGUUCUUUAAAACUUUUAUAAAUACUAUGUUUUUAAAAUGGCAUAUCUUCUUCUUAAAUAAUUAAUUGAAACAUUUGGGUUAUUUCACACUGUUUUCUAAAUAUUCUAUGCUAUUAUUAAAUUGACAUAGAAAGAG